GUCUGCUGACUUGGGUGACAAUCUGCUGACCAGGCCUGGACCGCCUACAGUUGCACGAAUACCUCCACCGAUUUUGCCAAGACCCUCACAGCAAACGGGAAGCAGCAGUCUGAGCACUUUCAGGCCAGCAUAUAGUAGUUCUUUUUCUCCAGGCUACAGUUCAUAUGGAACCUCUUUUUAUGGAAGCUAUAGCCCUUACAGUUACGGAUAUGGUGGUUUGGGUUAUAACCGCUUUCGUACAGAUGAUAUUCCUCCCAGCAGGUUUGUAAGCAGAGGGGCAUUUCAGUCCAUUGAAAGUAUUGUGCAUGCAUUUGCCUCAGUCAGCAUGAUGAUGGAUGCUACCUUCUCAGCUGUGUACAACAGUUUCAGAGCGGUGUUGGAUGUAGCCAAUCACUUCUCCCGCCUCAAAGUACACUUCACAAAGGUGUUUUCAGCUUUCGCUUUAGUGAGAACUAUAAGAUACCUCUACCAACGUCUGCAACGAUUACUGGGUCUGCGGAAGAGCUCCGAGAAUGAGGAUUUGUGGGCUGAAAGUGAGGGGACGGUAGCUCGUGUUGGCCUUGAAGACAAGGCAGCUAACUCUGCAAAAUCCUGGCCUAUUUUCUUGUUCUUUGCUGUUAUAAUGGGAGGUCCCUAUCUGAUUUGGAAACUGCUUUCUACAUACAGUGAUGAAGAAACAGUAUCGAGUAACUGGGCGAGUGGAGAAGAUGAUCAUGUAGUUGGGAGAGCAGAAUAUGACUUCAGUGCACUCUCGGAAGAAGAAAUUUCUUUCCGUGCUGGUGACAUGCUAAAAUUAGCACCCAAAGAACAACAACCCAAGAUCCGCGGUUGGCUUCUGGCUAGUUACGAUGGCCAAACAACAGGACUUGUGCCAGCUAAUUACAUCAAAAUCCUGGGCAAAAGAAGAGGUAGGAAAACAGUGGACCUGGAGAGGGUUGUCGAGCAACGGCCAGCCUUCACCAGCCCAUCUGUUAGAGGAUCCGCUGCUGCUGUGACCUUAGAGGAGCAGGAGGCUGCUUUUGAUUCUGUUUUUGCUGCAAGCAAUAAAGCUCCCGUUGCAUCUGACUCUGCUGCGGUUAGUGGAGAGAAACAGGAACUCUAAUGCACUUUAAUCAAGAAAGCAACUGAACUGUGCUUUAUUGAUAACAUUUAAGGUUUGUUGAAAAUCUGUCUUGUAGUGGAACACUGAUGGGUCUGUACCAGUUAUUGCUGCUACUGACUGGCGGAGGGAUGGAGAAAUGAUUGCUCAAAUUUGUAAUAUUUAUUUUUGACUCACCUGAAGCUGUACAUUAGUGAUUCUACCCAGCCACCUGGCAGCAACUGUACAAUCUUGAGGAGGAGAAUUGAGGCAUUUAUAACAAAGCAAACAACAGAAGAAUAGGGACUGCCAGCCUGUUCUUGUUAAGGAGACAAA